AUGACUCAAGAUGACCUAUUUUAUCAUCCUGCAGGUAUCAAGCAAUUCAACGGUGAUGAGCAAAAGAUACAAGUCACACAAAGAUAUAAAUUCAAAGUUGUUUUAAAUACAAGAGUUAAAGAAUACCAUUGGACAGCAAUAUAUGUACCACCAGGUGAACGAAUCACUGUUGAAAUUCCUAAAAAAGCGGUUAAUUAUGUUUGGGCUAAUAUAAAUCGUCAAGUUAAUCAUACAGAUUCAUACAAUGAGCGCCUUAAAGAUCUCAAGUGCCAAAUAAAGAUGACAAACGAAGUUAACAAGUUUGGUUGGCCUUAUGGAGGAAAUCUUGAAUUUUUAACUUUCGUUGAUUACUUCCCAUCAGGUCUUGAGAUCUAUGUUACUGGUGGAAUACGUAUGCCACACUUCCAAUAUGGUGUUACCACUGAAGAAGAGUGGGAAGAUUUAAAUAGCAACUUACCUGCACCAGUUGCAGUUGUUGAUUGCGGAAACAUGCUUGGUGUUGGUCCAUCAGAAAAACUUCUCCAACAAUCUAGGCUCAACGAUGCACUCGCGUUUUGGAGAUCCGUUGGACAAAUCUUUUAUUCAUUGAAUGACGUUUAUAACUAUCCAGUACGCGCUGAUGGACGAAUCAAAGAACCUAUCAAUUAA